ACAGAUUGUCUCUGUUUGUAGCAAACGAGGCUGACCUACUGGUGAGCCAUGGAGCUUCGGCCACUUUUGUGUAUGGUUGCCCUCUCUUGUCUGAAAAUUAUAUCAGGUUACAAUCAGACUUGCAAACAGGAUCAGUGGCAGUGUGAUGAUGGUGCAUGUAUUCGUCAUUCGUGGCGAUGUGACGGCGGUUCUGACUGCAUCGACGGCUCGGAUGAAUUGGACUGCUUGUGUGGUCCAGGUGAGGUUGAAUGCGCGGACGGUUCUAGCUGUGUGAAAGUGUCUUCAGUGUGUGAUGGUCAGGCCCACUGCCCGGAUGGUUCACACAAACGGAUGUGCACCCAGAAUGCAGGGUGUCUGCCCGACGACUGGACUUGCAAUAACGGGAUCUGCAUCCCAAUAGAACUACGGUGUAAUGGACGCAACGAUUGUGCUGACAACUCUGAUGAAGAGGCCUGUGGCCCUUGUGGGGACCCCAGACUCCGCUGCCUUGGUGGGAUUUGUUUGACGGCCACAGAGAGAUGUGAUGGAAUCAUGCAAUGUUCUGAUGGAAGAGAUGAGCCUGCCUCAUGUGGUAAGAAAUGUUCCGAGGCAGACGGAGGCUGCAGCCAUGCCUGUGUGGAUCAACCAUGGGGGGCCGAGUGCCACUGCCCCGCUGGCAUGCUUCUCUCUGCAAAUGGAGUUAACUGUGAAGAUUUGAAUGAAUGCUCCCAACCUUAUGGUCCAUGCCAGCAAUUGUGUAUUAACACACCAGGCACCUUUGCCUGUCGUUGCCGCGAUGGUUUUAAAAUGCAGGGUAAUACCUGUCAAGCACAAGAGAAUGAGACCAAGAUUUUGACCACCAGAAAGGAAGGCAUUGGACUGCUGAACUUGAAAACCAGGAAAAUUGAAAACCUCUAUACAGCUGACAGGAAACCCGUAGCCAUCACGUAUGAUCUGGCACGUGGCACUAUUUACUGGGCAGACGAACAGGGCCGCAUCUACAAGGCUCAAGACCAAAAGAUUAGCACACUCUAUGAUGGACAAAUGGGGAUUGGGAGUCUUGCAUGUGAUUGGCUGAAUGGGCAUUUGUAUUGGACCAGUACCGAGACAAAGUCCCUGUAUGCCGGCAGCGCUGAGGGCCUUGGUGUGGCCGUACUAAUGGCCAAGGAUGGGACCCCUAUGGACCUGGUCUUACUGCCCUCUGAGAGAAGCAUGUUUUGGAUGAACAAAGGUGAAAACGGUGGUACUACCAUUGAGAAAGCAGGCAUGGAUGGUUCCAAAAGGUUGUCUCUGGCAGUCAUCACAGCAGAAUUGCCAAGAGGUCUCACUCUAGACGUGGCUUCUCGUCGCCUCUACUGGAUCAGUGAUUUCAAAAUGUCGAUAGAGACCGUGAAGUGUGAUGGCAGUGGACGCUAUACUUUUUGGGACAUCUUCAAAGGCAAGACUGCACGCACUUUAGCUGUGUUUGAGGGGAUGUUCUACUGGGCAGAUGAGAAGUACCUUUGGCAAAUCGAUCCAAACGAACCUAAGCAGAGCAAGUUCAUUCUUAAAGCCUCCUCACCCCAUAUGAUCGUCUAUCACAGCCUUCAGCAGCCUCAAGGUGCACCUGGUCCGUGUGUUUCCUCACGAUGCCCACUGUGUCUUCUGUCCAACACGAAGCCUGUCGGCCACACAUGUGCUUGUCCCAAGGGACUACUCUCUCAACCAGAUGGAACAUGCUCAAAUUUUAAGCUUGUGUACACUACACCAACCAGUAUGUAUAUGCUGGAGUUUGCGGAGAAGGAACCCAAAAAGAAGUUGCUGUUGAGGACCACAGACGACAUUGAGUCUUUUGAUAUUGACUGGAGAAGUGGCUCCAUCAUGUGGACCAAUGGAACAGGCCAUUUGAAGGGCCAAUGGUUUACUGGAGGGGAGCCUGUCCACAUCCCAACCCCUGCUCCUGUUUGCCUGGUGCGUGUAAACCAACAGACUGGAAACCUGAUCUGGCGGUCUUGUGAUGCGCUCUCAUUCGGUGUCACCGGGGUGAGCAUCACCCUUCCGGAUCACAGCUUCUCCAAAACCUUAUACCAGACACGGCGAGAGGUCAAAGACCUGUAUGUGGACUGGAAAAGGGGCCUCCUGUAUUGGCUGGAAGACAGUUGUGUGCACAGCAUGACACUGAGUCUAUCUGGAGGGAAUGAACAGAAUGUUUUCUGUAUGGGAGAGCAAGCCUCAGGCCACCUGGCAUUCGAUAGGACAUCCAACUCUUUUCUAUGGAACACAUUUUCAGGGUUGCAGAUAAUGAGUCUUUUAAAGAUGAAGAAGUAUUCCCUGGGGAAGGGCUGGAACAUCCCGGGGACCAUAGAGGCGGCCUCUGAGCCAUUCAUAGUGUCCUCUACCAGGAACACCAUUACACUGUGGGGCCGGAGAGAUGGAACACGUGUGGCUGAAGCCUCCAUAGAGAAAGGCCUGGUCAGUGUGGUGGUUGCAGAAUUGGAACUAAUGUCAGGUACAACUUCCAUGAUCAGUCAAGAGCAAAGCUGCAAAUUCCCCUCCGUGUUGUGUGAGGGCACGUCCCUGUGCAUCUCCCAGGCCCAGCUGUGUGAUGGGAGGAGAGACUGUCCAGAUGGAUCUGAUGAGAAGGCCUGUGUGGAUGCAUGCUCUAACCCAGGUGAUUUCCUCUGCAAGGACAGGCGUAAGUGCAUCGAGAGGAAUCUGGUUUGUGACGGACGCUCUCACUGUUCUGAUGGAUCAGAUGAAGUUGGUUGUCCCACUGUUGCUGCCAAGACCUCAAAGACCACCCCUCUAAAGUGUCGUUUUGGUUCGAAAGCGUGUCAGGAUGGGAGUGAGUGUGUCCUCCUGAGCCACGUGUGUGAUGGAGAGAAGGACUGUAGAGAUGGCUCCGAUGAGGAAGACUGCGAACAGUGCCAGGAAGGCCAGUUCCAGUGUGCUAACGGGAGAAAGUGUAUCGACCAGAAGCAGGUGUGUGAUGGGACCCCUCAGUGUCAGGACCGCUCCGAUGAGCUGGGCUGCUGGGUGCCCACAAAGAGCUGCGCUCUGCGCUGUGACCGGCUGAGCCGCUGCAUACCGCAGGUCUUCAUCUGCAACGGAGUGAGGGACUGCUGGGAUUCGUCCGAUGAGGCCGGGUGUGCCAACCCUACCCCAGCUCCACGGUGUGACAGCCCCUCCGUGUUGUGUGAGGGCACGGCCCUCUGCAUAGCUCCUGACCAGCUCUGUGAUGGGAAGAGAGAUUGUCCUGAUGGCUGGGAUGAAAAUACCUGCCUUCGCUAUUGUCCACAUAGAGUGGACCUUGACUUUUAUUCUACAACCUCCACAGGUGAUUUUCUCUGCAAGGACAGGCGGAAGUGCAUCGAGAGGAAUUUGGUUUGUGACGGACGCUCUCACUGUUCUGAUGGAUCAGAUGAAGUUGGUUGUCCCACUGUUGCUGCCAAGACCCCAAAGACCACCCCUCUAAAGUGUCGGUUGGGAUCUAAAGCGUGUCGGGACGGGAGUGAGUGUGUCCUCCACAACCAUGUUUGUGAUGGAGAGAAGGACUGUAGAGAUGGCUCCGAUGAGGAGUGGUGUGAUCUACGCUGCAAACCAGGCCAGUUCCAGUGUGCCCAUGGGAAGAUGUGUAUUGACCAGAAGCAGGUGUGUGACGGAACCCCUCAGUGUCAGGACCGCUCUGAUGAGCUGGACUGCUUUAAGGCGACUAAGAGCUGCAGUCACCGCUGUGACGCCAAGACCCGCUGCAUUCCAGAGGACUUCCUCUGUGAUGGAGAGAGGGACUGUUCAGAUGGUACUGACGAGACUGGCUGUGGUUUCCCUACUCCUGCACCCACCCUUUCCACCUGCAGAUUCCCCUCUGUGUUGUGUGCGGGCACGUCCCUGUGCAUCUCCCAGACCCAGCUGUGUGAUGGGAAGAAGGACUGUCCCGACGGAUCUGAUGAGAAGGCUUGUGUGAAUGCAUGUUCAGAUCCAGCACAUUUCCUCUGCAAGGACAGGCGGAAGUGCGUUGAGAGGAAUUUAGUUUGUGACGGACGCUCUCACUGUUCUGAUGGCUCAGAUGAAGUUGGUUGUCCCACUGUUGCUGCCAAGACCUCAAAGACCACCCCUCUAAAGUGUCGUUUGGGAUCUAAAGCGUGUCGGGACGGGAGUGAGUGUGUCCUCCUGAGCCACGUGUGUGAUGGAGAGAAGGACUGUAGAGAUGGCUCCGAUGAGAAGGGGUGUGAUCACGUCUGCAAGCCAGGCCAGUUCCAGUGUGUCCAUGGAAGCAUGUGUAUUGACCAGAAGCAGGUGUGUGAUGGAACCCGUCAGUGUCAGGACGGCUCUGAUGAGGCAAACUGUGUCCUUAUGUCAACAGAGUUCCAUACUCCAGCGCCGCCCCCCUCCGCCUGCAAAUUCCCCUCAGUGUUGUGUGAGGGCACGUCCCUGUGCAUCUCCCAGGCCCAGCUGUGUGAUUGGAGGAGAGACUGUCCUGAUGGAUCUGAUGAGAAGGCCUGUGUGGAUACAUGCUCAGAUCGAGCACAUUUCCUCUGCAAGGACAGGCGGAAGUGCGUUGAGAUGAAUCUGGUUUGUGACGGACGCUCUCACUGUUCUGAUGGAUCAGAUGAAGUUGGUUGUCCCACUGUUGCUGCCAAGACCUCAAAGACCACCCCUCUAAAGUGUCGGUUGGGAUCUAAAGCGUGUCGGGACGGGAGUGAGUGUGUCCUCCACAACCAUGUUUGUGAUGGAGAGAAGGACUGUAGAGAUGGCUCAGAUGAGGAGGGGUGUGAUCUCGUCUGCAAACCAGGUCAGUUCCAGUGUUUCCACGGAAGCAGGUGUAUUGACCAGAAGCAGGUGUGUGAUGGGACAGCACAGUGUCAGGACCGCUCUGAUGAGCUGGACUGCUUUAAGGCCACUAAGAGCUGCAGUCACCGCUGUGAUGACAGGACCCGCUGCAUCCCACAGACCUUCCUGUGUGAUGGAGAGCGAGACUGUCUGGAUGGCUCUGAUGAAGAUGGCUGUGGUAUUACUACCCUUGCUCCUGCCUCCACCUCUGCCGCCUGCAGAUUCCCCUCAGUGUUGUGUGAGGGCACGUCCCUGUGCAUCUCCCAGGCCCAGCAGUGUGAUGGGAGGAGAGACUGUCCUGAUGGAUCUGAUGAGAAGGCCUGUGUGGAUACAUGCUCAGAUCCAGCACAUUUCCUCUGCAAAGACAGGCGGAAGUGCAUCGAGAGGAAUCUGGUUUGUGACGGACGCUCUCACUGUUCUGAUGGAUCAGAUGAAGUUGGUUGUCCCACUGUUGCUACCAAGACCUCGAAGACCACACCUCUAAAGUGUCGUUUUGGUUCGAAAGCGUGUCGGGACGGGAGUGAGUGUGUCCUCCUGAGCCAUGUGUGUGAUGGAGAGAAGGACUGUAGAGAUGGCUCCGAUGAGGAGGGGUGUAAUCUAAGCUGCAAACCAGGCCUGUUCCAGUGUGCCCAUGGGAAGAUGUGUAUUGACCAGAAGCUGGUGUGUGAUGGAACCUCUCAGUGUCAGGACCGCUCUGAUGAGUUGGACUGCUUUAAGGCGACUAAGAGCUGCAGUCACCGCUGUGACGCCAAGACCCGCUGCAUUCCAGAGGACUUCCUGUGCGAUGGAGAAAGAGAUUGUCUGGAUGGCACUGAUGAGGCUAAUUGCAGCCUCUCUACUCCAGCGCCGACUCCAGCGCCGACCCCCUCCGCCUGCAGAUUCCCCUCAGUGUUGUGUGAGGGCACGUCCCUGUGCGUCUCCCAGGCCCAGCUGUGUGAUGGGAGGAUAGACUGUCCUGAUGGAUCUGAUGAGAAGGCCUGUGUGGACACAUGCUCAGAUCCAGCUCACUUCCCCUGUGAGGACCGACGAAAGUGCAUUGAGCAAAACCUGGUGUGUGACGGACGCGCCCACUGUCCUGACGGCUCGGACGAGAAGAAGUGUCCAAAGCAGCCUGGCCCCUGUGACCGCACAUGUGAUGGCGGCGCCAAAUGUCUGACGAAGCAGCAGAUCUGCGAUGGGACUCGCCACUGCCUGGACGGGCAGGAUGAGAAGAACUGCCCUGGAUCCAAAUCCCCCGGGAGUACAGCUGCCCCUCUAAAGUGUCGUUUGGGAUCUAAAGCGUGUCGGGACGGGAGUGAGUGUGUCCUCCACAACCAUGUGUGUGAUGGAGAGAAGGACUGUAGAGAUGGCUCAGAUGAGGAGGGGUGUGCAAGCUGCAAACCAGGCCAGUUCCAGUGUGCCCAUGGGAAGAUGUGUAUUGACCAGAAGCUGGUGUGUGAUGGAACCUCUCAGUGUCAGGACCGCUCUGAUGAGCUGGACUGCUUGAAGGCCGACCACAGCUGCAGCCACCGCUGCGAUGACAAGACCCGCUGCAUUCCUGAUGGUUUCUUGUGCGAUGGAGAGAGAGACUGUCUCGACGGCACAGACGAAGCAAAUUGUGCGGUAGAGGCGUGCGUGAGCGGUCAGUUCCAGUGCAGUAAUGGCCAGUGCGUGGACCAGACGCUGCGCUGCGACGGCCACGGCGACUGCCGGGACCACUCGGACGAGAGGGGGUGUAGCCACCCCCCGCCGUGCCCCCCUCAGCUGCGCUGCCCCCAGAGUGACGAGUGCCUGCUGCAGGAGUGGCUAUGUGACGGAGAUGAGGACUGCAGUGAUGGAUCAGACGAGAGGAACUGUAAGGCACCAGUACCGAAGUGCGGAGAGUUCCAGUGGUCCUGCUCCUCCAAGACCCAGUGCAUUCCCCAGGCCUGGAGGUGUGACGGCACAAAUGACUGCCAUGACCACAGUGACGAGGCCGGAUGUGGUCCGGUGAAGUGCCCUCUGCAGCUGUUCCAGUGCAGGAGGGGGGAGUGUGUGGACACAGCCCUGGUGUGUAACGGCGUCAGCAACUGCCUGGACAGCACCGACGAAGGCCCGGGUUGUGCCAACAGCAACUGCUCCUCCUCCGGCAGCCCUCGUUGUGACCACACAUGCUUCCGGACUCCUCACGGAGCGAGAUGCAUGUGUAGAACCGGCUUCAGGCUCCAGGCGGACGGGCUGACCUGUAAGGACGUGGACGAGUGUGGGGAGGGCAGCCGGCCUGCGUGUGCCCACCUCUGCCUCAACUCCCGUGGCUCCUUCCUCUGCCAGUGCCACCCCGGCUUCCUGCUGGAGGCUGAUAGGCGAACCUGUAAAACACCAGAUGAGCCCAGCCUGUUGGCCUCGGUGCAGUCCGAGCUAGUACUCCUGGGCCUCAGGAGUGGGGACAAGCAGGUUCUGCUGACGCCGGGCAAGAAGCCCAUCUUCUCUGUGGACUUUGACUGGAAGGAGCAGCGGUCCUACUGGGUCAGUCUGGAUGAGGAGAGCAUCAAAUGGGCAAAUCGCAAGGACAAGUACAUGGGCACUCUUGUCAGAGGUGUGAAGUCUGACUCCAUCGCUCUGGACUGGGUGGGAAGGAACCUGUACUGGGUGGACGGGGUCGCUGGGCAGAUUCUAGCCGUCAGACUGAGCCCUUCGGUGGUCAAGCCAGAGAACUACACCGUGAUCCUGGACGAGGAUCUGGAGCAGCCCCGCUCCCUGGCUCUACUGCCCCAGAGGGGGUUGAUGUUCUGGUCAGAGAUCGGUUCGGAACCCCAGAUUGAGCGAUCUGGGAUGGACGGCUCGGACCGGCGCGUGGUGUUGAGCAAGAGCCUCAGCUGGCCGGUCAGCCUCACCGUAGACCUGCUGGAGGAGAGGCUCUACUGGACAGACGAGCGGCUCAGAUGCAUUGGGUCCGCCUCACUGACGGGGGAGAACAUCAAGCUGUUGCAGCUUCCUGAGACCCCCAGUCCCUUCUCUGUUGCGGUCUUUAAUGGCAUGCUCUACUGGUCUGACACCAAGAGAAGAACCAUUCAGGGAAUCCACAAAAUCGACGGCAAGAAGCGCAAAGUCAUCCUCAAGAGACCCAGCCAACCUUUUGGACUUAAAGCCAUCCACCCCCUCUUGCAGUCUGUGACGUCCAACCCCUGUGAGAGCCUGCAGUGCUCCCACAUGUGUCUCCUGGCUCCGGGGCCCCAGGCUGUGUGCCGCUGCCCAGCAGGGCUGCUCCUCACUGGGGACGGAGUCACCUGCUCCCCCCUGGUGGACUCAUCUUCAUCCUUCCUCCUCAUGUUGUCUCCCACCACAGUCACUCAGAUUUACCUGCGCAGCUUGCGAGGUACCAAGCGUCUGAAGAAAUGGCCAGAACAUCGGGCCCUGCUUCUGCCCGGGGUCAACGAGGCCAUGGCCGUGGACAUGGUGCUGCAGGAGCAGCUCCUGUACCUGUCGGACGCGGGCCUGGCCUCCGUGAGCACCCUAAGGCUGAGCGGGUCGACCCUCACCCAAACCCGGCGCCUGCUCCAGCUCCCGAGAGACGUGGUGACCGCGCUGGCCGUGGACUGGGUCACGCGGAACCUCUACUGGAGCUCCCGAUCCCAGCAGGCUUUGCACGUCACCUCCGCCGACGGGCGCUACACCACCGCGCUCCUGGGGGGAGAAAUUGGCUCCACCGCCUCCAUCGCCCUCCACCCCCUCACCGGGCGGAUGUGCUUCACCUCCAUGGGGCGAGCAGGAUGGGGAGGGAAGGCCGCUCCGCAGGUGGACUGCGCCUUCAUGGACGGGUUCAACCGCACAGUCCUGUGGGGGAAUGCAGCUAUACCCACCUCUCUGACUUUCUCCAAUAAGGGCACGCAGCUCUACUGGGCUGACAUCGGUACAGGAGUGAUUGGUUCCAUAGGCAUUGAUGGCUCCAACUACAGAGAGUAUAAAACUGGCCCAGACCUAAUUGUGUCCUUCACACAGACUGACAAUAUUCUCCUCUGGGUCACCCUUGACAAAGAUGUGACUAAAAUGUGGUACAGUGAUGGUGUUCAACCCAAACAGCUGUGGUUUGAGGUGAAGACUAAUGUUGUUGAACUGAAAGCUUACAGCAGAUCCAGUCAAAAAGGAGGGAAUGCCUGCUCCGAGAGGAACGGCGGCUGUGUUCACCUGUGCCUGGCGCGCCCAGCUGGGCGCACCUGUAGGUGUUCCCAGGACCACCUGUCCGCCGUCAAUGGCUCCCUGUGUGUGCCCCAGCAGCAGUGCCCAGUGGGCAGCAAGGCCUGCUGGGAUGGAUCGUGCCUACCCAGCGCCAAGUUCUGUGACCAUGUGCAAGACUGCCCAGAUCGCUCAGACGAGCAAAAUUGCUUUUAUGACAAGCCUGCACUCCAGCCUAAAGCUGGCGGUGUGCUUCCCAAACGCCCCCGCCCCCUCGGCCCUGCCAGCCCUGAGCCGGGGGCAGUGGGGGGCCAGAGGUUGGACGUGGACUCCUGCGCGGAGCAGCGCUGCAGCGGCCGCGGCGUGUGCGUGAGUCGGGACAAGGGGGAGGAGGUGGCGUGCGAGUGCUCGCACGGCUACAGCGGAGACUCGUGUCAGAACGUCGGGUCCAGUCACGCCGGGUCCAGUCACCUCGGGCUCAUCCUGACGAUGCUGCUGAUCGUUGGCAGCACUGUUGUCGCCAUCUUCGUCAUAAGAAAGAGACGUGAAUCAGUGAGAUCCCCAGAGAAGGCCACGCUCAUGACCAACAUGGAGGGCCGCAGCACGUACGUGGACAGCUUUGCCAAUGAGCUGUACGGCGCAGAAGAGGAAGAAGUGACUUCUACAGAUGUCUCUGACAUCCACAAAGGCUGAAAUGACUGAAAAACAAUAAAGUGAAACAUGCACUAAA